GGUCAAGAGGAUCACAAGUUAUUCUGAUUUUUUUUUUCUGCUUCACUUUACCUGACUAAUAUCUUCCAACAUGGACAGAGCGUUCUCUGACUAUGAUACCUGCAGCCAGAUGUCUUACUCUCCAUCAGAUGAUGAGGACUCUGCCAGCUUCCACACGCCUUCUUCUUACACAUCUGGACAUGUAACCUCGCCCACUCAAACUCCAGAAAAAUGCGAGGAAGAGAAGGAAAAGAGAAAGAGAAGAGGCAGAACCAGAGUGAAAAAUGACGGUGUACUGCACACCAUUAAAAAAACCAGAAGAGUCAAAGCUAAUGACAGAGAGAGGAACAGGAUGCAUAACCUGAACUCAGCUCUGGAUGAAUUGAGAAGCAUUCUACCGAGCUUUCCAGAUGACACCAAACUGACCAAAAUUGAAACUCUUCGAUUUGCCCAUAAUUACAUCUGGGCUCUUUCUGAAACCCUGAGGAUGGCUGAUCAGUCCAAAGACAAGCCUAGCGGUGAACCAGUGCAACAUUGUGUCAUGAGUCCAGCAGCUCCAUCAAGUCCUGGGAGUGAUGCAGGUUCUUGGAUGUCCUCAGCAUCUCCAAACUCCUCAUCGUAUUCAGUGUCUGCCUGCACCUCCAACCCAAGCAGUCCAGCCACAUCUGAAGACUGCUAUUAUGGACAUACAGAUAACAUGUUUUCUCUCCACUCCUUCCCACAUAACAUGAUCCAGCAUUCUUCUUGGUUUCUACAAUAUAACCAGGUAUAG